UAGUCGGCGUAUUUCUUUAUUCCUAAGCGAUUCGCUCGGCUCCCUAUAAACCGGGGACAGUGAGUCAGUUUGUUGUUGGCCCCAGUCGCGAGCGGACGUCUGAGGCCGGAGAUCGCCCCAGAUACACCAGAUACACCCGAGAUAUAUAAGACGAGCGAAAGAAAAACGAGAGCAGGAGAUCUGAACAAGUGAAGUGAACUGAAUCGGAAUCGAUCGAUUGGCCAUCUCGCUUGAAUUCGAAACGCCAGACGAUCUAGUCUGAUCGCAGAUCUCCAGCAGAACAGACGUUGUGUCUCUCACAAAUAUAUUUUAUAAAACAUAUAUUAGAUAGCAAAGUAAUAUCCGCACUUGCACUGGAUGAUUAGAGCUGGUCUCUGAGGUGCAUAGAACGUAAGAAGUCGGAGCAUAUAUAACCAGUUUCAGAUCAAAAUAAAUCGCCUUCAAAAUGUCUAAAAUGCCAGAGACAACGUUUGCCGACCUGAGUCUGGCUGAUAAGAAUGCUGUGAAGAAAUCCAGUAUAGAAAGUGCCCGGCGAUUUUCGGAUGUCUCAACCUGCUCGUUCAGCUCUACCUGUUUCACCGGAAGUUCCGACGAGGAUGACGUUUCGCCGAAGGACAAUCACCAGCGAAACUCUUCUGGAGGAACUGACUUCUGUGUGAAGAGCAUUUCGAGGAGUGCCUUCGGAAGGCGGGAGAUCGAAAUUGCGGAGUCGGAGAUGCCGGGCAUCAUGACACUGCGGAAAAGGGCCAAGGAUGAGAAGCCUUUAAAGGGAGCUCACAUAGUGGGUUGCACCCACGUGAAUGCCCAGUCAGCUGUGCUGAUUGAGACCCUCGUCCAACUGGGAGCCUCCGUGCGCUGGGCAGCCUGCAACAUCUACUCCACCCAAAAUGCGGUGGCAGCUGCUCUGGCGGAGGCGGGGAUCCCGAUCUUCGCGUGGCGCGGCGAAACGGAGGAGGAGUUCUGGUGGUGCCUGGACAGGGCCAUCCAAGCGGAGGGCUGGCAACCCAACUUAAUCCUGGAUGAUGGUGGGGAUGCCACACAUCUGAUGCUUAAGAAGUAUCCGGAUUACUUCAAAGCCAUUCGUGGUAUUGUGGAGGAGAGUGUCACUGGGGUUCACCGGUUGUACAUGCUCUCCAAGGGAGGAAAACUCACUGUUCCGGCCAUCAAUGUCAACGAUUCGGUCACCAAGAACAAGUUCGAUACCUUCUACUCGUGUCGGGAUUCCAUUCUGGACAGUCUGAAACGCACCACGGACAUAAUGUUUGGUGGCAAACAAGUUGUAAUUUGUGGCUAUGGAGAUGUGGGAAAGGGCUGUGCCCAAUCACUUAAAGGUCAAGGAUGCAUCGUUUACAUCACGGAGGUGGAUCCCAUUUGUGCCCUUCAAGCUGCCAUGGAUGGAUUCCGAGUGGUGAGGCUCAACGAAGUCAUCCGGAAUGUGGAUGUGGUGGUCACGGCAACGGGAAACAAGAAUGUCAUCACUAGAGAUCACAUGAAUCGUAUGAAGAACGGAUGUAUCCUAUGUAAUAUGGGUCAUUCCUGCUCCGAAAUUGAUGUGAAUGGUUUGCAUACCCCGGAACUCACGUGGGAGCGAGUCCGCUCCCAGGUGGACCACAUCAGGUGGCCAGAUGGCAGGAUGAUAAUUCUGCUGGCUGAAGGAAGACUGGUGAAUCUCUCCUGCUCCACAAUUUCAUCUUUCGUUGUAUCCGUGGCCUCUUCUACCCAGGCAUUAGCUUUAAUUGAGCUCUUCUCGGCGCCAGGAAGAUACAAGUCGGAUGUAUAUCUACUGCCUAAGAAAAUGGAUGAGUACGUGGCCAGCUUGCAUCUGGGUACCUUUGAUGCCCAUCUUACGGAGCUAACGGACGAGCAGUCCAAGUUCAUGGGCUUGAACAAGGCAGGGCCUUUCAAAGCCAAUUACUACAGAUAUUAAUCAGUAUUUAAUGUUUUAUUCUGUUAUUCUCGUUCUGUAAUUUUGAUAUUAUUUAGAAAAAAUGCAAUUAUGAAUAUAAACAAGUUUUAAAAGUAAAAAAA